AUGAAGAAGUACGAAUCCAACCAAAGACAUGUCAAUCGGCUUCUUCACCAUGUCUACAACAGCACCACGUCCAUGAGACCUUCCUAUCAAUCCAGGACGUGCACAUUAGAAGAUCAGCUCAGAGACUUGGCGCCCAUGGAGUUACCACCAGUCUACUCAUGCGCCAACCUCAGGAGCAUAUACGGAGAGUUUCUGCGUCUUCGAUUGUUAUAUAUCGAGAGGCUGAAGAAAUCUGUAAUCUCAGGACAGAACGAGAACAAAUGUCUGAAUCUUCCAACAGAAGUGACUGAGGAGGUGCUCUGUCGAAUUCCCGUGACAUCUUUGAGACCUGUCCGAUCUACUUGCAAAGAGUGGAACACGUUGUCAAGAUGUGGGGUAUUUGCAAAAAAGCACCUUGCUCAUCAAGCAAAAGUAGCAGAAGAAGCAAAGGAGGACCCCCUUGUGGUGAUGAUGAUGGAUUGUAGGGUUUAUUUGAUGAGAUUCAAUCUUUCCAACAUCAAAAACAACAACAACGUUGAAUCAUGUGUAAAGCCUGAAGCUGCUAAACUUAUUGGCCCAGACGGUUCAGAUCAAAUCGAUGUGUGUGAAAUCUUUCACUGCGACGGUUUAUUGUUAUGCAUUCCCAAAGACCACUCCAGGCUCGUGGUUUGGAACCCUUAUUGGGGGCAAACCAGGUGGAUCGAGUGCACUCAUAAUUACCACUUACAGCCUAAGCACAUGGUGGACAAGUAUACGUAUGCUCUUGGGUACGACAGUAGCAGUAAUUCCCACAAAGUCUUGAGACUUAUUGAUUAUCCCACUAAGUUUGUUGAGUUCAAAAUCUACGAAUUCAGUUCUGAUUCAUGGAGGAUUCUUGAUCUCCUUCCUCGAGACUGGAUGAUAGGAGGAUGGGGUGAACGUGGCCUAUCUUUAAAGGGAAAUACCUACUGGUUUACUUAUGAUAACAAUGAUAGUUUCUUAGUCUGUUUUGAUUUCACAAGAGAGACAUUCUGGUCGCCUUUGCCUCUACCGUUUGAGAAUGCUUAUCCUCAAGAUACUGUGAGUCUAUCUAGUGUUAGAGAAGACCAGCUUGUGAUUUUAUUCCAGCCGUGGGAUAUAUUGAUAUUGGAGAUUUGGAUUUCCACUAAGAUUGAUGAGCCUAACGCCUUGUCCUGGAACAACAAGAUGUUCUUAUCGGCGGAUAUCAGACAGCUCAUUCCGCCAUCUGCGGGUUUCUUCAUCGAUGAGGAGAAGAAAAUCGCCGUGGUUUUCGAUAAAGACACAGAUAUACAAAACCCCACUCGUGAAGUAGCUUACAUCAUUGGAGUUGAUGGAUCCUUCAAAGCAGCAGAUGUCAGAGAAUGUGCAGACAAAGUUAGUAGCGCAAUUGUUUGCUCAUAUAUUCCAAGCUUAGUGCAACUUAAUUAGUCCACCUAUUUAUUAUCUGUUUCUUGCUUAUUUUACUUCCUCAUCUUCCUUGGUUAAGAAAGACUAGUACUCAAGAUUACUCAUAUAUUUAUUUUAAGUUUUGUUUUUCAUCCUUGUUUAUGUUUUUUGCCGUAUUUGACUUCCUUUCACAGCAUCAUGCUUAGACCAAAAUUGUCUUCUCA